AUGUCGUCCAGCUCAUCUUACGGCUCCUACGGCCAGAGCAAGGGUGCCUACGCAUCCCGUCCCUCGACAUCCUCCACAUCCUACUCUGCCGCCUCAUCGAGCCUAUACACAAACUCCGGUAGCUCGUCACGCAGCAAAUCAUACAAGAACCCGCCAGUCAUUCACAAUGGAGGCGGAAAGAUCAACGACCCGAACACGUCUACUUCCGCGCCGAAUGGUGGUUACUACAAUUAG